GCAGACGAUCUUUUCUUUUUCUUUUUCUUCGUCCUUUAAACCUUUCUGUUCUCUUCCUGCCUCUCUCCCCGAUGUUCCGACUCUCCGCGGAUUAUUUUCAGGAAGUUUUUAGUUUGUAGUUCCAUUUCGAGCUCAUGGAAUCACCAGGUGGUGGUUCAAGAAGCACAUCUGUUGUUGUGGUUACAUUGGAUACGGGUGAAGUUUAUAUUGUUGUUACCUUGUCUACUAGGAGUGACACACAGGUUAUUUAUGUCGAUCCAACAACUGGGGUGCUCCGCUAUCAUGGGAAGUUUGGUCUUGAUGUUUUUAGGUCUGAGAAUGAAGCAUUGGAAACUGUUACCAAUGGAUCACCCUGGCAGUGUAAGAGUAAAAUUCAUGCCAGGGCAAUAUUGGGCUAUGCCACCUUGGGAAGCUAUGGGUUACUUCUUGUUGCUACAAAGUUAAUUGCUAGCGUUCCCUAUAUGCCUGGUGGUGGAUGUGUGCUUACAGUUGUGGAGAGUCAAUGGAUCAAAAUACCCCUUCAAAAUCCUCAACCCCAGGAUAAAGGAGAAAUAAAGAACAUACAAGAAUUAACUGAGCUUGACAUUGAUGGGAAGCACUACUUCUGUGAGACAAGAGAUAUAACUCGUCCUUCUCCGAGUCGCAUGCCACUGCUCAGUCCUGAUGAUGAAUUUGUUUGGAAUGGAUGGCUUUCAAUGCCAUUUAAAAACAUUGGGUUGACACGACAUUGUGUCAUUCUUCUGCAGGGGUUUGCAGAAAGUCGAAGUUUUGGUAGUUCAGGUCAGGUAGAAGGUAUUGUUGCUCUCAUAGCUCGUCGAAGUAGGCUGCAUCCUGGUACUCGAUACUUGGCUAGGGGUAUAAAUUCAUGUUUCAGCACAGGGAAUGAAGUAGAGUGUGAACAAGUUGUAUGGGUGCCUAAAAGGGCAGGUCAAAGUGUACCUUUUAACACAUAUGUUUGGCGACGGGGCACAAUACCAAUCUGGUGGGGCGCUGAACUAAAGAUGACUGCUGCUGAAGCAGAAAUUUAUGUUUCAGAUCGUGAACCUUAUAGAGGAAGUUCACAGUAUUAUCAGAGAUUAAGUAAUCGAUAUGAUGCUCGUAACUUAGAUGUUGGUGUUGGGCAAAAUCAGAAGCCAAAGCCUUUUGUUCCAAUUGUAUGUGUCAAUUUGCUUAGAAAUGGAGAAGGAAAAUCUGAAUGCAUUUUAGUUCACCAUUUUGCGGAAUCAUUAAACCAUAUUAAAUCCAUCGGAAAACUCCCCUAUACUCGAAUUCAUUUAAUAAAUUAUGACUGGCAUGCCCGGAUAAAGCUACAAGGUGAACAACAAACAAUUGAGGAAUUGUGGAAACUUCUAAAAGCACCCACACUGGCUAUAGGCAUUUCCGAAGGAGAUUAUUUGCCUUCGCGACAACGACUUAAGGAUUGCAGUGGUGAAAUCAUCUACAAUGAUGAUUUUGAAGGGGCCUUCUGCUUAAGAUCCCAUCAAAAUGGUGUGUUACGUUUCAAUUGUGCAGAUUCUUUGGAUAGAACCAAUGCUGCUAGUUUCUUUGGGGCACUGCAAGUGUUUGUUGAGCAGUGUAGGCGGCUUGGGAUAUCUCUUGAUAGUGAUUUGACAUAUGGUUACCAGGCAGUUAAUAACUAUGGUGGGUAUUCUGCUCCACUCCCACCUGGCUGGGAGAAACGAUCUGAUCAAGUAACGGGUAAAACUUAUUAUAUUGAUCACAAUACAAGGACCACAACAUGGAAUCAUCCAUGCCCAGAUAAACCAUGGAAGAGAUUUGACAUGACAUUUGAUGAGUUCAAGAGAUCAACGAUUUUAUCUCCAGUGUCUCAGCUCGCAGAUCUUUUCCUGCUUGCUGGUGAUAUCCAUGCAACACUUUAUACGGGUUCCAAAGCCAUGCAUAGCCAAAUCCUAAGCAUAUUUAAUGAAGAAACAGGAAAGUUCAAGCAAUUUUCUGCUGCACAAAAUCUGAAAAUCACUCUUGAGAGGAGAUAUAAAAAUGCACUUGUGGAUAGCUCUCGUCAAAAGCAGUUAGAGAUGUUCCUUGGAAUAAGGCUUUUCAAGCAUCUCCCAUCUGUUGCAGUUCAACCUCUGCAUGUACUUUCUCGACCAUCUGGAUUCCUUCUGAAGCCUAUAGGCAGUAUCUUCCCAACCACCAAUGGUGGAGCUAGUCUACUGAGUUUCAAGAAAAAGGAUCUAAUUUGGGUUUGUCCCCAAGCUGCGGAUGUUGUUGAAUUAUUUAUCUAUCUUGGUGAACCUUGCCAUGUCUGUCAGCUGCUACUGACAAUUUCCCAUGGUGCUGAUGAUUCAACUUAUCCUUCGACUGUUGAUGUGAGGACAGGCCGUAACCUAGAUGGGCUUAAGCUGGUUGUCGAGGGAGCUUCCAUACCCCAGUGUGGAAAUGGGACAAAUCUUCUGAUUCCUUUAUCAGGUCCAAUUAGCACUGAGGACAUGGCUGUCACCGGAGCUGGUGCUCGCCUUCAUGAUCAAAUUACUUCUUCUAUGUCAUUAUUGUAUGAUUUUGAAGAACUAGAGGGAGAAUUGGACUUUCUCACUCGUGUAGUGGCACUUACAUUUUAUCCUGCUGAAUCUGGAAGUCCUAUGACUCUUGGUGAGGUAGAAAUCCUUGGAGUUUCUCUCCCCUGGAAUGGUGUAUUUGCUAAUGAAGGGACUGGUGCCAGACUAACUGAGCUUGCAAAUAAAUCUCAAAAGGAUAGCAACUCUUUUUUAUCCGGUUUGGACACAAACCCAUUUUCUGGAACUUCUCUAUCCAAUCAAGCUGUGUCAACAUCAGCAAAACAGGAUUCUGAAAAUGAUUUGGUUGACCUAUUAACUGGAGGUGACAUUCUCUCUGAAUCUGUUUCUCCGCCAGUUACAGAAAAUGUUACUUAUGGGGGAGGUGACUUGCUUGAUUUUCUGGACCAAUCUGUUGUGGACUAUCAUGGUCCUGAAACUGAUCAUAAACCCUCUGCGCCAGAGGAUGGAGGUCCUCAAGAUAGUGGUACACAGAAGUACAUAAACUGUGUAAAACUCUUGGCAGGGCUACGAAUGGACAGAAAGCUAAACUACCUUGAAGCAAUGAAGCUGGAAAUUGAACGCCUUCAUCUGAAUCUUUCUGCAGCUGAAAGAGAUAGAGCUUUAUUGUGUAUUGGAACUGAUCCAGCAACUGUAAAUCCAAAUUUUUUGCUUGAUGAAUCAUACAUAGGGAGACUAUGCAGGGUGGCAAGCACCCUUGCAUUGCUUGGGCAAGUUGCUCUUGAGGAUAAGAUUAAUGGUUCUAUUGGUAUUGGGAAGAUUGAGGAUAAUGUUAUAGAUUACUGGAACAUUAGUGGAAUUGGGGAGAGCUGUUCUGGUGGCAAGUGUGAAGUGCGGGCUCAGACUAAGGCAACUCUAUCUGAUUCCUCAAUGUUGUCAUCUACAGAAGGUUCAAAAUCUGUCUUCUUGUGUUUUCAAUGUCGGAAAAAGGCUUGUCGAGUUUGUUCUGCUGGGAGAGGAGCCCUUCUUCUGCCAAAUUAUACAAGGGAGGCGACGAAUUACAAUGGCUUAUCUAAUCCCGGUGGAUCAAGUUAUAGUAGCCAAGUUGAUCUCACUACAAACCACUUAGUGGCACUGGAUAGUAUUAUUUGCAAGAAGUGCUGUCAUAAGAUAAUUCUUGAUGCAUUGGUCUUGGACUAUGUUAAGGUCUUGAUUAGCUCACGAAGAAAAGCCCGUGCUGAUAGUGCAGCAUGUAAAGCUCUGGAUGAGGUUACAGGAUCUUCAUUCCUAGAUAGCCUUUCUGAAAGGUCCUUUGGUAAUCAUAUAGCUGUUAAAGUUUUGAAACAAUUACUUACCAGGGAAGAAUCACUAGCAGAGUUUCCAUUUGCCAGCUUUCUAAAUUCGGUUGAGACAGCCACAGAUUCAGCACCGCUUCUGUCGUUGCUCACUCCACUUUGUUCUGGAUCACAGCAUUCAUAUUGGAAGGCUCCCCGUGAUACUACCUCUGUUGAAUUUGUUAUUGUUCUUGGCACACUUUCAGAUGUCAGUGGAGUCAUAUUGCUUGUUAGUCCAUGUGGUUAUUCUGAAGCUGAUACUCCCAUUGUGCAAAUCUGGGUAAGCAAUAAAAUAGACGGGGAAGAAAAGUGCUGUGUUGGAAAAUGGGAUGUCCAGUCCCUGAUAUCCUCAUCGCCAGAAUUUUAUGGACCUGAAAAGUCAACCAGAGAAGAUAAGUUGCCUCGUCAUAUAAAAUUUACUUUCAAAAAUCCCGUCCGAUGUCGCAUUGUUUGGAUAACACUGCGCCUUCAGCGGCCUGGUUCAAGCUCUGUAAAUUUUGGUAAAGACUUCAGUUUAUUUUCUCUGGACGAAAACGAAAAUCCCUUUGCAGAAACUCGACGGGCCUCUUUUGGAGGACCAAUUGAAAGUAAUCCAUGCCUUCAUGCCAAACGAAUUGUGAUAGCUGGAUGCCCUGUGAAAAAAGAGAUGGAGCUUACAUCGUCAAAAAGCUAUGAGCAGAGAAACUGGCUGGACAGAACUCCACAAUUAAAUAGAUUCAAGGUUCCAAUUGAGGCAGAGAGGCUAAUGGAUUACGAUCUAAUCUUAGAGCAGUAUAUGCCUCUGUCUUCACCCUUGCUUGCUGGAUUCCGCCUGGAUGCUUUCCAUGCAAUAAAACUACGAAUUACCCACUCACCAUCUUCAGAUGCAGAUAUGUGGGAUACAUCAGUAUUUUUAGAGGAUAGAUAUAUCUCUCCUGCUGUUCUUUAUAUUCAAGUUUCUGCACUCCAGGAAGGAACAGGAUCGAACAUGGUGACUAUUGCAGAAUACAGAUUGCCUGAGACCAAACCAGGAACAGCUUUGUACUUCGAUUUCCCUAGACAAUUACAAACUCGAAGAAUCUCUUUCAAACUUCUGGGAGAUGUUGCAGCAUUUACGGACAAGCUGCCCGAGCAGGAUGAUGCUAGUUUUAGAGCUCCUGUAGUUGCUGCAGGCUUGUCUCUGUCAAAUAGAAUCAAGUUGUAUUACUAUGCUGAUCCUUAUGAACUUGGGAAGUGGGCUAGCCUUUCUGCAGUUUGACAUUAACCAAGGAGAAAUAUGGGUUUGAAGAUUGGUUUUUUGUUUCCGAUGUGCUUGCUUCCUUAUUCAUAUAUAUAUAUAUAUAUAUGUGUGUGUGUGUGUGUGUGUGGUAUGUUAGUAUAGAAAUUGACUAUUUUACAUCUAUUGGUGUAACAAAUGAUAUGAGCCUUGAGAGUUUUAAUUGCUGUAUCUUCCUGGAUGAAUUUGUGGAGAACAUAGGCCUUAGCUUUCUUCAGUGU